AUGAAAAGAGCAUUUGGAGAUAAUCCCAGACCAGACGUUAAAAAAGCAAAACUUCACCAAGAUAAAGAACUUGUUCACAAUAAUGACAACAAUGAUAAAACUGGACUUGAUGUAGAAAUCCAUCCAUUAUUGAGGAACAUAGGAUCAACACAUAUACCAAAAUUACCAAAAAAUCAUAAUCCGCUACGACAAUCGGACCAAAAAUGGUUUGACCCACUUGCAUUAAACCCAUACCUCGAUCAAAGCGAUAUGGUUAUUAGUAAUAAAAAAUCCAGCCAUAUCCCACAACCGUUGCGUUUUAUCCCACGGGGGAAGUAUGUGGCCCAGGGAGAGAAAUUAAGAGAGAAAUUGAGAAUUGAACAUGAACAAACUCGAGAAUUGGAGGCAAUUAAACAACAAGGAUUAAUACCAGAUGAAACCAUUGGGGAACAAUUGUAUCAGCUUGAAGGGCAGCCAUUGAUUGAAUGGUGGGAUCGUCCAUAUUUGCGAGAUAACAACUAUACGCACAUAGAUGAUGAUUCACGGAAAAUCCUUGAUGAUGAAACCCAACCUGUGACUUCAUAUAUUCAACAUCCUGUAUUGAUCAAUCCCAUUUGGGAAACUGGAGACUUAAGCGCCCCAGUACAACCAGUGUAUUUAACAAAACAAGAGCAGAAAAGAAUACGAAGAAAUGAAAGACAAAUCAGACAACAAGAAAAGCAAGAUAGAAUUAAGUUAGGUUUGGAUCCACCGCCACCACCCAAAGUCAAAUUAUCCAAUUUGAUGAAUGUAUUGACUAAUGAAUCGAUUAAAGAUCCCACUGCAGUUGAAAAUAGGGUGAAGCGAGAAAUACAGCAACGUGUUGAUAAGCAUUUGGCACAGAAUGAAGCUCGAAAAUUGACUAAGGAACAAAAACAUGAAAAAUUAUGGAAUAAACAAGAAAAAGAUUUGGCCAAUGGCAUUCAUACUACAGUUUACAAAGUAGAAAAGUUGGUUAAUCCUAAACAUUUGUUCAAAAUCAAUAUCAGUGCCCAAGAAGAGAAUUUAGUAGGGGUUUGUUUGAAAAACCCUAAAUUUAAUUUAGUUAUUGUUGAAGGUGGAGAAAAAUCAGUUGGUCAUUAUAAGAAAUUGAUGAUGAAAAGAAUAAAAUGGACGGAGAAUGUAUCCCAAUCAGUGACUGGCAGUCCAACUGAAGAUUUAUCCAACAAUAAAUGUUCUCUAGUUUGGGAAGGUUCGUUGCCAGAAGUGCAUUUUCAGAAAUGGAGUAUGAUGUACUCCAGAGACGAUAAAGAGGCACUAGCGGUAUUAAAGAAGUUUGGUCUUGAAAACUAUUGGCGAUUAGCAAGCUCUUUAAACGAAUAG